GCAGUGAGUGGUGAAUUUUGGUGAGUGAUUGUUUUGAGGAAUUUUAUGAUGAGAAAAUUGUGAUUUUGAGCAAUAAAUUGCUCGUAUUUGGUGAGGAAAAGUAUUUAAAAAGCUAGAUUUUUCCAAGUGUUGAAGGAAAAUUGAUUUUUUUAGUGAUGCCAGUGAUGUCAUCUCUCAAAUUCACUUCCCUCCUGACCAGGAGGGUAUUGAGCAAUGGGCAGAAUGUUCAGCUGCUCCCUGCCUUUGCACCAACAUGUGCAUUUCGCUUCCCAAAUUACCCAGCCAUUUGUGCUCAGCCGAGCAGGGAAUACAAGAAUUUUGGUCAUAAGCCCGAAGAGACACCAAAAUUCACAAAAUUUCUGUACUUGUUUGUGGGAUUGGGGCUCUUUGCAACGACUCUCAACUAUAAGGGGAUCAAGAACUUCUUGUUCCCAAAAGUCGAUGCAGCUUCAAAGGUAGAUAAAGAUACUUCAGCAGCAGAGACGGAAGAGAGUGACUCGGAGGUGUCCGAAAGUGAAGAUGGAGAGAAGAGUCCGGAGAAGAAGAAGAAGGAGAAAAUUGGGUUUCGCGAUAGAAAGAUCAUCGAGUAUGAAAAUCGUAUCAGACAAUUCUCCACUCCGGACAAAGUUUUCCGGUACUUUGCCACUGUCCAGGUGCCUCUUGGGGGACACGGAGAGUACGAGGUGUUUAUGACUCCAAUCGAUUUUCUAACUAGUAUGACUCCUGGAAUUAAGCAACCAGAGGGUCUGGGACUUGAUCAGUACAGGCGAUAUGAUCCCAAGUCUGUCACGGAAAGGCUCGAUUUAUCCCUCGAACAAACUUCAAUCUUCUACAAACUUGGAUCUUACGGAUUGAUUUCUUUUUCGGACUACAUCUUCCUCUUGACUGUUCUUUCGACUUCUCGGCGACACUUCGAGAUUGCCUUCCAGAUGUUUGACCUCAAUGGAGAUGGGGAUGUUGAUUGUGAGGAAUUUGAGAAGGUAGCCACGCUCAUAAGGCAACAGACAAGCAUUGGUAAUCGCCAUAGAGAUCACGCCAACACGGGAAAUACCUUCAAGGGUGUUAAUUCUGCUCUAACAACAUACUUCUUUGGUCCCAAAAUGGACCAAAAGUUGACUAUUGAGAGAUUUUUGGAGUUCCAAAAGCAACUCCAGCGAGAGAUUCUUACGUUGGAAUUCACCAGGAAGAAUCCUGAUGAGAAUGGAAAGAUUUCUGAGGUGGAAUUUGCUGAAUUGCUUUUGGCCUAUGCAGGAUAUACGCAGAAGAAGAAGGCUAAAAAGAUUAAGUUGGUGAAGAAGCGAUAUAAGGAUGAGGGACAGGGAAUAUCCAGGGAUGAUUAUUUGGAUUUUUUUCACUUUCUCAAUAAUAUCAAUGAUGUUGAUACUGCUUUGACUUUCUACCAUAUUGCUGGAGCUGCUAUUGAUCACACGACACUGAAGCAUGUGGCUAGGACUGUAGCCCAUGUGGAAUUGUCUGAUCACGUCAUUGAAGUCGUUUUUACGAUUUUUGAUGAAAAUCUUGAUGGUCAAUUGAGCAAUAGGGAAUUUAUUGGAGUGAUGAAAAAUCGUCUGCAGAGGGGUCUCGAGAAGCCCAAAGAUACGGGAUUUGUUAAAUUGAUGUACUCCAUACUGAAAUGUGCCAAAGAUACAAAACCCACUUUUCUCGAAGCAUAAGCACAAAUAUUCGAUCCUUACACUUUAAGAAUAUCUUUAGCAUUGUCCUCUAACUAAUUAUGGCGAAAAUUGGAAUGUUUCAUGGCAAAUAAUAUUUUUUCUUCACAAUUGCAUUUUUGGCUUCAGUGAAUCUCUUGUAUAACCGUUAAAUAAUUCGAAAAUAAAGUGCAGAGUAAAAUGCGAA